UGCUCUCACUUGUAUCACAAUAAAAGCCCUGCCGCUUUAAGAAGGCAGUAAAUGAUGAUGUACUGCGAGGAUCUAAUCCCCAGGGGUCCAUUCAGAAUUGAAUUACUGUUUCUUUAAAUGUAAUUUCCUGCUAUUGUAUUUGAGUCGUGAGCAGGAAAAAGGAAAUGAAACCAGAGAAGAGGGCUGAGCCUAUAGACCUUUCACAGAAAAAAUACUGAUAAAACGUCAGCCAAAACACACAAGCAGGGCUGAGGAGAUUUAAUUCCAACCAUUUGUUCGCAUUCACAUGCUAUUAAGAGGGAUGAGUCUUUCAGCUGUCAACACUAUCUGAAGCAGACAAUGACAUGAAAGUAAAAUUAGCAGUACAUCAGAAACUGAAACCCGAACUAUAGCCAGACAAAUAAUACAGACUUUGUCCCAGACCACCAAGGUUUUGUUGGAUUUACAUGGAAGAGGAACUGAACUAAAUAACCUUCAAUCGUGAUUUACAGCUGGGAGCCUAACAUCACAGAAAAGGGUUCAAGUCCGGGAAGCCAGCAGAUUACCAAAUACAUUACAUCUUGGGUUGUGAGGAGAGGGUAUUUGGCAAAUGUCAUCUGUCAUUGAGAGGAAGACGCUAGACCCGCCAGAAGAGCCUGUAGAUGAGGUUCUACAGAUUCCGCCAUCAUUACUAGCAUGUGGAGGCUGUCAGCAGAGCAUCGGGGAUCGGUAUUUCCUGAAGGCUAUCGAUCAGUACUGGCAUGAGGAUUGUCUGAGUUGUGAUCUCUGUGGUUGCAGACUGGGUGAGGUGGGGCGAAGGCUUUACUACAAACUUGGGAGAAAACUCUGCAGGCGGGACUAUCUCAGGUUAUUUGGCCAAGAUGGACUCUGUGCUUCCUGUGACAAGAGAAUUCGUGCUUAUGAAAUGACAAUGAGGGUGAAAGACAAAGUUUACCACCUUGAAUGUUUUAAGUGUGCAGCAUGCCAGAAGCAUUUUUGUGUUGGUGACAGAUACCUCCUCAUAAACUCUGAUAUUGUAUGUGAGCAGGACAUUUAUGAAUGGACAAAACUGAAUACAAUCAUGUAGCCCUUGCUGGAAGCAGCAAAGCAUACACAUUUGCUGCCUGUUUGGAGCAAUGCAUCAGCCUGCAUCUUUGGGUCUCCAUAGAGUAGGAGUGCAUUGCAGUGAAAUAGACUAUUUGACAGUAUAGCAGUUGCUUGCUGAAUGACUACUUCAGAGUCAAAAAUGGAGCUUUGGAAAGUGUGAAAAUGCAUGAUAGGCAGAGAGAUAUGCAGCCUGAAAACAAACCAAGUUGGUUGCAUUAGGAUUUCUCCUUUCAGAGUGACAUAUGGCCCAAGAGGUGUGGUAUGCCAUGUGUCCACAGAAGAAGGCCGGUGAGCUACUCAAAUGCUCCAUCAAGUACUCUUAAAUUUAUAACCAAAUGUAUUGCUAACCACUGGACUUUUUCCUAUGUCUGCCUUGAAAAUAAAUGUUUCAGUUUCAUAACUUUUGUUUUAGUUCAUCAUUUUGUCUGCUUUGCUGCCCAUAUUGUCCCAGCUAGAGCUGCUUGAAUAAUAUUGUUAAUGCCUAAAUAUCACAAAUAGUGUACUGUUCAUUAUUUAUACACAAAUAAGCACCGCACCUACUGUGGCUGUUAAACAUGGCAAAUAGUUACAAGGCUUACACCACCUUCAUAGUUGUAUUCAAAGAAUAUGUAAAGCAGUGUUGCAAACCAGAUGACUGGACAGACAAACAUUUAUUAGUAGCUUUUUAUUUUUUACUGAUAGAUCAUUAAUAUCUGGUUAUGGAGGCAUUGCUUCCCUUUUUGCUUAGGGUGGCAUUUUGAUAUAUGUCACAGUCACUUAUCUUCCCAAAUGGAAAACAUUACAUAACUAAAUAAGCUAAUAAAAUGAAUUCAUCUUGCACUCAUUCAACGUCAUAUAUGUAAUGAACAGCCCCACUCCAUGUGUUGUGAUGUCAAUCUUGAAACACACAUUUAUGUUGUGAAGAUUGUAAAAACAGAUUUUAACUGUGGAAGAGUGUACUUAAGCAUCAUCAAGGGUUUGUUUCCCUCAGUUAAUAAAUCAGUAUCACUUUUAACCUCAGAAAAUGGAGCUCUUGUAUUAUUACCCACCCCUACUGUCACCAUGACUACUUUCCCAUCAUGCAUCAAUGAGAGUUUUUGUUUAACAUGCCUUCAUCACGAUGAGCCCCAUUCUUUAGAAGGAAAGUGAUUUUCAUUGCAAACCACUACCUGUAUAACACAAGUCAUGGAGGUGGGCAUGCUGUAGCAUUCAUUUUAUCAAGGCCAAGAUUCAAAAGAAGUCUGGGAAUGAAUAGGUUCUUGGUAGAAGUUAUUUCACAAACAGCAAGACUGUCUGGCUUUCUUUUGUGAGUAGACGUCUUUCCUUGUGGUAGAUAAACUGUGGCAUUCUAGAUGUUAUUGUUGGAGUAAAACUAUACCUUCUUUCCUCUAUUUGUUUUGCACCCUGGAGUCAACAAUUCCUUCAUCCAGCACCUGGUGUAAUCCCUGCUAAUGCUGGAAUGAGAGAGUCACAACUUUGUCCUGUAGUAGAUUUGGACUCUGCGGUGCCAAAGAGGGACUCAAAAGCUACAUCUAAGGAGAGAGAUGGUAUGGGGUUGUUGAAGCUUAGGUACGUGCUGUCUGGAAUUGGCUUCUUUUUCCUCCAUAGUAUUGUAAGACACACUAACAUUCCUUUGUAUGCAACUUCUAUCCAUCCAUGGGUGAAAGCCAGUGAAAUGAUGUCCAGCUUACAGUGGGUUUUAUUGGUUGCCAGCUUCUGACCCUCUAGCACACACACAGCCGUAUAAAUUUGGUCUUGUGUGAAAGAGGUUACAAAGUGCAUUUCCCUGGUGAAAUCCACUGAGAUAUCCUGUUCUUUACAGUUUUUAACCAGCAGUGCCAGAGCGUGUAGCUUUACCAUUGUGCUGAUGCAGUGGCAUGGGGGAUUGCUAAUGUAUAGGGGUGGAAGACUAGCUUAUGUUUUCAAAAACUCAGUUGGGGUGAGAAGUUAUUGUGUUUUCUUUUUUGCUCCCUUUACAUAUGUCUGCUUAAUAAAGAUAUAUCAGAAAUGCUUUAAACCUUGAUGAGCCAUGUAUUUUAUGAGAGGUACAUUCAACCCUAUUCCCAAACCUCCCAUAUGUUUGAUUAUAGAAAAACAACCACUUUAGAUGUCUUUGUGUAUACUGUAUUAAGUGUCUCAUAAAGUAACAUUCCAUAAUUUGAAGUUGAGGAUUUCCUGUUUAAAUACUGGUAGGCUGAUUUAUUUUUGUUAAAAGAAUGCCACUUGGAAAAACUGUGUUGAUAUUUUACUAAAGCAACGCUAUCUGAACAAAAUAUUUGUUGUACAGGUUGCGGUUUUAAUAAAAUAUUUAAAAUAUG